UUAAACUGUAACAAAUUAUAACAUGUGAACAUUUGAUCUUAGAAGUAUUAAACUAACAAAUUAUAACGUGAACAUUUGAUACCACAGUCUUUAACUUUUUAGAAACACGCAUAAAUACUUCGGAUCACUGUCGUGGACCGUAGGGUAACGCACUGAGGUCAGACACAACACACAUUCACCUGCUGUCUCUCUCUCUCUCUCUCACACACACACACACACACACUCGCUCUCUCUCUCUCUCAAUUUCAAUUUAAGAGUGUGUGUGCGUGCGUGUGUUGCAGGUCACCCGGUGACAUGAGCAGGUAUUAUGUUGGCGUGGACGUGGGCACUGCCAGUGUGCGAGCAGCUCUGGUCACACGGGACGGUCACGUCACACACACAGCAGAGGAGCCGGUUAACAUUUGGGAGCCGUGUGCUGAUCAUUACGAGCAGUCAUCAGAGGAUAUCUGGAGCAAAUGCUGCAGGACUGUGAAGCGAGUGACUCAGGACGUUGAUGUGGAGUCUGUUCGAGGGAUCGGCUUUGAUGCCACCUGCUCCUUGGUGGCUCUGGACCGGCACUUCCAGCCCGUGGCUGUCAAUCACACAGGACGCAGGUCUUUAUGUACUCUGGUGUGUAAGUGGACCUAUUCUCCAUCUGACGGCUGGGACGACUCCUUCUGGAGCGCCAUCGGUCUGGAGGACCUGAUGGAGAACAGUUACUCCAAAAUAGGCCAGCAGGCGUGUUGUCCAGGGGCUCCAGUAGGACGAGGUCUGACCGCAGCGGCGGCUGCAGAUCUGGGUCUGAUUCAGGGCACCGCUGUGGGCGCUUCGCUCAUAGACGCUCACGCAGGAGGCUUAGGGCUGAUGGGAGCAGACGUGACGGGGCAUCACCUGCCCUGCGAGCAUCGGCCGGUCUCGUCCCGUAUGGCCCUCAUAUGCGGCACGUCUUCAUGUCACAUGGCUGUCAGCACACAGCCGCUGUUCGUCCCCGGUGUCUGGGGCCCGUAUCUCUCCGCCAUGCUGCCGGGGCUGUGGCUCAAUGAGGGAGGACAGAGCGCCACGGGACGCCUGGUGGAGCAUGUGGUGAGAGGACACGCGGCGUACAGGCAGCUGGAGGAGCAGGCGGAGCGCAGCGGGAAGCAGGUUUACUCGUACCUGAACACUCACCUGGAGGGCAUGAGCGCAGACGCAGCGCAGCUGGAGCAGCUGACGGCCCGCCUGCACGUCUGGCCUGAUUUCCACGGCAACCGCUCUCCUCUGGCCGACCAGACGGCCCGCGGCGUGGUUGUGGGUCUCACUUUAUCACAGACACUGGAUGAUCUGGCUCUGCUGUAUCUCGCAACUCUUCAGGCCAUCGCUCUCGGCACCAGACACAUCAUAGACGCCAUGAGAGCGGCAGGACAUGACAUCACGACCCUCUUCCUGUGUGGAGGACUGAGCAAGAAUGCCCUGUUUGUGCAGACACAUGCCAACACUACAGGUCUGCCGGUGGUUCUGCCGGCGGAGCGAGAGGCUGUGCUGCUGGGAGCCGCUGUGAUCGGAGCCUGUGCUUCAUCUGACUGCAGCUCCAUACAGGAAGCAAUGAGGAGAAUGACCAGAAUCGGGCGUGUUGUCAGACCAAACCCUGGGCUCGAGAGCUUCUACAGGAGGAAGUACACCGUGUUUCUGCGCCUUUAUGAUCAUCAGAAGGAGUGUGUGGCGCUGAUGGAAACCGAAGCAGUGUGACAUGCAGACGCUUUCUGAAGAGCAGAUUAAACACGGAGAUCCUUGAGCUGAAGACCAAAAACAGCUUUUCAUUCAUCUACUAUGGUUCAGCCUUUUACACCUAAAUAUCACCCAGAUAAAAUCUGUUAAAACACUUCAGGUAAAAGUUGACCACAGCUACUCACAAGAGAAACCAAGUUUGUUUUAAAGAUCAGUUUAACAUGAUUUAUUUGUGUGCGUGUGUGUUUUAAAAACUGAACAUCAGUUCACAAAUAAAAUACACAUAUU